AUGGGCUUCAAGAACCACGUUUCCCUCCCUGAAUCUACAAAUACCCUUCGAGGCGACUUUCUUUUUUUCCUCCAUUUCACGGAGGGGCACACUGAGGCUGGGCUGCGUAGGGGGCUUAAUCAGGUGCGGAACAUCGCCCCAGGUCGAGGGCCUGUUGUUGAUCCUCUCCAAGCCCAAGUGUGCAACAAGCCCGGGAGCCGCAUAAGUGGGGGCCGAGGAGGCGCUCAGGCCCGUGAGGAGCGAAGCAGGAUCAGUUUUACACGCCUCCCGGAGCCCGCAGACCCAGCUCCGGAGGGAAAGCCGAAAGAAGCCUGGAGCCAGGACCAGAGCCAGGGCCGGGCCCGCCCGAGGCCUCCCCCGCGCGGCCUCCCAUCCCACUCCUCCCCUCGCGGGGCGGGGCGCGAGCACAAAAGACUCCAACUUCCGAGCGGGCGCGGGCCCACCCCGCCAACUCCGGACGGAGACCGGGCCCGCAGGGAGAAAGCAGACAGGAGACGCCAGAGCGGCCAGGAACGAGCUUGGAUGGGCAUGGGCUGGGCAGACGACCCAGGGCGGCGGGCCGGAGUGGGGAAGAAGCCGCGCGGCGCAGAAGAAGGCGGUGCCGCCGCACUCGGGGGCGGAAGGGAGGAAGAGGGCGGACCCGGCCGCGGCGACAGGAGCUGGGCACACGCGGGAGGGUGGGAGGGGGGAGUAGCCCCCGCUGUCGCUACCGCCCCUUCGGCUUCUCUUAGGUCUGCCCGCCCAGCGCCCGCGCCGCUCGCGCGCCCAGCCGCACUGACAGCGGCGCGAGCCCCGCAGCUGCGAGUCCUUCCCUUGGCCGGUACCACUGAGGCGCGCGGGGGUGGGGGAGCCCGGAGCGGCUGCCCUCAACUCGGCCCCGCCUGCCGCUCUGGUCCUGACCCCGGGCUCUCCCUCUUCCCUGCCUCUGUCUCUAGGAAAGGACAGGGUGACACAAACGCCGGGAGUCCGCAGAUCCGCCUGGACACAGCCGGCUUCCCAGGCGCGUGGCCUCUCACCAACCCCUCAGUUUGGUUUCAGAAAGGUCCAGAGCUUCGGCGGGGAGAGGAGGAAGGAGGGGCCGGGGCGGGGCCCAACUGGAAGAAGGAUGAGGUGGGAGCCUGCGGAGGCGGAGCUCAGGGCGGGAAGAGAGAGUCGCUUGCACCAUUAUGGAGCCGAAGGUGGGCGGGGACUGAGAGGGUGACGGUACCGGAGAAGAGAGGACCACGAGAACCUGCAGCCUAAGAGCCCGGAUUCCCAAGAGCCGGACAGAGCUUGAAUUGAACCUUGGCUCUGCCUGAACAGCAGUUAUAGCUCCACUUGUGUUGUUUGAUGACCUCCGUGUCUUUCUUCAAAAGGAAAAAAAAAAAAAAAGACGGUGACACCAAAUCCAGGAACGUUCUUUCCCCACCUCUUUUCCUUCUUAUGCCUCAGGUCUCACUACCUAAAUAUCCUCCUGGAAGAGGCUUUCACUGAACACCCCACCUAAAGAUGUUCUCUAGUUUGGCCUCUUGUUCACUUCCUUCGUGGUAUUAGUCUUGUCACUUAUUUGUCUAUGCGUUUUGGCUACCAUCAAAUUGUUUAGUCUUCUUUGCCAUGAAGGCUGGCUUGAUUUCCUAGGUUGCCUAGCAGGUGAUAGAGUUCUGGCCAAUGAUAUGCAAGUGGAAGUUGCUUAGUUACUUAACCAAAAAAGUUUUUUAAAGAAACAGGCUCAAUUGGAAUUCAUCAGCCUUUGCAAUUACCCCUGUGUUCUGCCUGGAACAGAGAUGUGAUGCACAGAGGCAC